GGAAACCAUAGCAGACCUGCUACCAUCCACUUUCGGCACGCCGGUAUUCCAUAGAUUGAUGGUAGCAGGGCCGGGCGUUCCGGAGGACCGCGAUUCCGCCCUGAAGCUGGUCGAAUUCAUGUCGAUAAUGCUGUUCUUCGCCGUCGACCAGCAGCUAUUCGGCAUGGUGUGCGAUUACAGCAAGAAAUUGGUGGUCAGCGCCAAGGCGGACCCCGCGGUGGUCUCUUUGUUCUGCUGCGAGAACAAGAACAUCUUGUGGGCGAUGAAGAGGCUGAAGACGUUCAGCGAUGAAGUGGCUAUCAGUUUGAUGGAUUUCGUAAGAACGCUGUUACUCGUGCAGGUUCGGAACAAAUGCUUUGUGGAGGACUGCAUGAUGAUUGAUUUCUCUUGCGGUUUGACCGGUUCGACGGCGAAGAUGAUGUUGUGUCUGGAUUUGCUGCUGGUCUUCACCCUGCCGGAUUUGUUCAUUCAGAUAUCCCCCAAUGCGGUCAAGACGAUAUUCUUCCAGCUGUUUUCCCUCUAUAGGGAUAAAAAUUUGUCGGUUAUGUCGUUGGUAUGUAUGAGGAGGUUGAUGAAACGCGACCCGUGGUUAGCUGCGUUGGAUACCACGCAUAUUUUCCUGGAAACUCAGUGCUCUUUGAAGGUCGAUGAGAAUUCUUGCUUGGAGUUUAUCCAUUGUUUGUACGCUUGGAUGAAAAUUUUUAAUCGACACUCGUUUGGGGGUAAAACGUUGAUUGAAGUUCAGACUGAUGUCAUCCAGAGUUACGUCCGUAGGGCGGUUAUUGCGUUAGAAAAUAAGGUGAAUUUCUGUAAAAUAAUGUGGAUUAUUCCGAAACGCAGCUGUUAAUACCGAAUUAUUUUUUAUAGCCAAUUCC